AUGACACAACCAGAUAAGCCUUAUCACGUCUUUGAUAAAAAUUGGAUAAGUCAAAAUUAUGAUAAAUUCAGGCCUACUUAUCCGCCUUCUCUUAUCCAACAAGUGAUGGAUUAUUUAAAACAAGGAAUAAAUCAACAAGACAAAUUUGAUUUAGCCAUCGACGUUGGCUGUGGUCCCGGUACAUCAACCCAGCAAUAUGCUCCGUAUUUUAAUCGAAUUAUCGGUUUCGAUCAUAGCGCAACUCAAAUCGAUCUAGCUCGCCAAGACAACCAUGAUCCUAAUAUUACCUAUCAACUUAGCCCAGCGGAAAAUCUUCCCCUCGAAGAUAAUAUCGUCGAUUUGGUUAUAUGUGCUCAGGCUAUCCACUGGUUUAAUAUCGAUCAAUUUCUUUCUGAAGUUAAUCGCGUUCUUAAGCCUGGUACAGGUUGUGUAGCAUUGUAUGCCUAUAAUGAUCCUGUUAUCAUGAAUUGUGAUCAAGCUGAGGAAUUAAAUUAUUACAUAUAUAAUGGUCCAUUGAGUGUUGAGACAUAUCAAUUUGCUAAAUAUUGUGGCAAAUGUCGCUAUAGUAAUAUCGAGUGGCCUUUUAGCCAGGCAGUAAGGGGCGAAUCAAAUACUGUCGACAACCAGAUGGAUAUCGAUAGUUAUAUUGGUCUACUUCACACGUAUGGCGAUAGCGUUGAUGCCGAAUUACCGUAUCCAGAUCCGGAAUUGAAAAGAAGUUAUCCCUUACUAAAUGAAAAUGAUCAAGAACAUAUGAUCAUUGGGACAUUCGCCGAAAUGUUAAGAGAAAGUACAGGAGGAGAAAUGUUACAGCUUUGCUAUCCAUUUUUCUACAUGUUUGGUAAAAAGCCAUCAAAAUUGUAA